AGGGAAACGACGAGGAGCAGAAGGGAAAAUAUUUCACGUGAAAGGGGGGAAAACUUAAAAUAAAAACAAUAAAAAAGGCAAGAAAAUGUUUAAAAGCCGCUCCCAAAAUCCCAAUCCCAAAUAACAAGAAACUCUCCCCUAUUCAUCCUCUCCGAUCUCAAUCACCAAAAGAAGACAGAAAACCCUAAUUUUUUUCGAUUCUCCGUAUUCUAUCGAUCGGCGCUCUCGAUUCUGAAGAUCCUUUUUCUAAGGUAAGCGGAUUCCGUCCGAUUCCUCAAAAUUUGAUUUUGCCGCGAUUUUGGUGUAGGAUCUAGGGUUAGAUGUUAUUUUUGUUCGAUUGGAGACGAGUUGAGUUUGAAGGAGGGAAAGUAGAUUAGGCGCUGAGCGUUUGAGAUGACUUCGGUGGAGAGAAAGAGGGAUCUUGAGAACAAGAGGGGAGCUUCGAGAUCGUUGAGCAAGCGUAGGGUUUUGGAGUCGAAGGAGAAGAAGAAGAGGAGGCUGAUACUUUACGAUUCGGAUUCUGAUGAUGAUGAGUUUGUUGUUUCUCCUCGGAUCAAAACUUUGGAAGCUGAUAAUGUGGAUGAGGUUAAGGAGGCAACGAAGAGUGAUUUGGGCUUGGAAGUUGGGAAGCAAGCUGAAGAAGGGUUCCUGGGUUCUGGCGUUCGUGAGAAUGGGGGCAGUUUGGUAAUUAAGGAAAAGAGCAGCAUUGAUGGGUUUGCUAACAAUGAGGAAGCAAAGCUGGAACCAAAGAGUGAAGAAAGGGAAGAACACAAUGUGAAUGAGUCUACCAAUGAGGAGAAAAAGGGAGAAUUAAACAAGGGUUUGAGUUCAGAUGUUUUUGAGAAAAUGGAAGAAGAUGUUGGUGAGAAGGUCAAGAAUGCUUCAGCAAUCAAGGAAAAAAACAGCAUUGAGCUAUUACCCAGUGAGACUGAUGGUAAUGCUUCACCCAUCAAGGAAAGCUGCACUAUUGAUCAAGUAACUAGCAAAGAAGACAUACAGGUGCAGCCUGAGACGAUUUUGAGAUCAGAAGUUGUCAAGUGGGAAGAUGCUGAUGAAGCUAAGAAGGUCACAGAUGUUUCUGCAGCUUCGCAGAAUGGGAAGUGUUCUAUGGUUAAGAAGAAGAGCAGUAUAAACCGCUCAAAUAGCGAACAGGAGAGGAAUAUUGAUUCAGAGAAACGUACAAAGUCAAAAGUUGUCAAGGAAAGAGAAGAAACGGGCAGUAAAAAGAAACUUUUCGCUUUUCACCGGGCUGAUCAAAAUGGAAGCGGUUCUGUUACCAGGAAGAAGAGCAGUAUAAACCAGUCAUGUAGCAGGGAAGAGAUAAAAGUGGAGGAGAAAAAGGUUUUUAGGUCAAAAUUUAUAAAGGAAAGAGAAGAAGCUCGUAGCAGGAAAAAAAGUAACGGUGAUCACUUGACCAGUGAGAAGGAGGAAAGGCUAGAACGGAAGAAGAUUUUGAAGUUGGAAGUUCAUAAAGAAAGGGAAGGAGCUGACUCUGCAAGAAAAAAAUCUUCAGAAUCAAGUUCAGAAAGAAAGAGAAGUAGAGAAACACUUGAUGACAAAAUCAGUUCAAAGAAAUUCCGAUCAGGUGAUGUGAAACACAGAGUAGAAUUGGAACCUGGUGAUGAAAACAUUAAAAGGAAAAAUCCAGUAGCUUAUGAUGACAGACAGAGAGCUUUGGCCAAUGAGAAAAGAAUGCAAGAGGAUUUGGAGAAGAAUUUUGAGCCAGAAGCUGAGAAUUGUAGGUGGAUUGAGCGUUCAACUGCAAGGACACUAAGGAAACUGAAAGCUAACAGUUCUUCGGGUGAUACCAGAAUAGAUGAUGUUGAUGUUUCCCAGCAAAAGGGUCUGGGACAGCACGGCAAAGGCAGUGUUUUGAGGGUUUUGCCUAGUAACAAGAAGGUGGGUGGGAUUGAAGGAGGUCAUAUACGGAGGGAAGCAAAAGAAGAGCGGAAGAACAUCUUAAAUCAUUCUUUGCUCUCCAUAGAAAGAAAAAACGAGAAACCAAUUUCCACCACUAAGUCAGUUAAAGGUCAGUUGAAUUCGGGGAAAGCUUCUGCCAUGAUCAAGAUGAGUACAAAAGACGAAGCAAAUGAACGCCGAGGUACUGUGAAACAGAGAAUCAGGGAGCAGAUAAAGGGAAUCCUUCUAGAUGCUGGUUGGACGAUCGAUUUGAGACCUAGAAAAGGUAGAUGCUAUGAAGAUGCUGUGUAUGUUCCACCAACUGGAGGAGCAGGGUUUUGGUCAAUUACAAAAGCUUAUGACGUGUAUGUGAAGAGCUGCAGCAAGAAAUCUUCUCAAGGUGACCAAGGCUGUAAAGGUUCUACAUUUGCAACUAUACCAGCAGAGCUUUUGCAAAUGCUGACGAGGAAUGUGGUAAACAAGAGAAGAAGUAGGGAAGAAAUUGAAAUGGGCGAGAGAUUAGUAGCAAGGACAAAAGGGAAGGGAAAUCUCAGAAUAAAAAGUUCCAAAAACAAUGUUGAUGGAUGUAAAGCGCGAAAGAAGAGAGGGUGCGCUUUGUUGGUUCGAGGAUCUAACCAAGGUACAGAUAUCGACGACGACUAUGUGCCCUACAUUUGGAAAAGGACAAUUCUAUCAUGGAUGAUAGAUUUGGGCAUUGUACAUGUAGAUGAAAAGGUGAAGUACAUGAACAAGAAAAAAACACGAGCUUUACUGGAGGGAUCUAUCACAAGAGAUGGUAUUCGCUGUGGAUGCUGUAGUAAAAUCGUCCCCAUAUCAAAAUUUGAGAUUCAUGCGGGUAGCAAACUGCUUCAGCCAUAUGAAUAUAUACUUCUGGAGCGGACAGGGAUUUCCCUUUUGCAGUGUCAGCUGAAUGCUUGGGAAAAGCAGCAAGAAUCUGAGCAGCAGAGUUUCCACAAGGUGGACAUUGAAGGUGAUGACCCAAAUGAUGACACUUGUGGUAUCUGUGGAGAUGGGGGUGACUUGAUUUGCUGUGAUGGUUGUCCUUCUACAUUCCAUCUUAAUUGCUUGGGCCUUCAGAUGCUUCCUCCUGGUGAUUGGCACUGCACAAACUGUUCAUGUCGAUAUUGUGGCUUGGUUUCUGACGCUGUUCCAGAAGAAAGCGGUUCAAAAACUUCUAUGUUGCUCGCAUGUUCUCAGUGUGAGAAAAAAUAUCACCGUGAGUGUAUUCCUGAAUCAGAUGCCAUUUCUGUUUGCUCAAAUGAUUCAGAGACUUUGUUUUGUGGGAAGAGUUGCAGAAAGGUCUUUUGGCAACUGCAGAAGCUUCUUGGAACAAAGAAUGACUUGGAGGCAGUUUUAUCGUGGCGCCUCAUCCGUCGAUGUGGUGAGGAUUCACCUGAACAUUCAUGCAAUCUGCCUCAGAAGGCUGAGUGCAAUGCUAAGAUUGCUGUUGCUUUUGCGGUUAUGGAUGAGUGUUUUCGUCCUAUCAUAGACCACAGAAGUGGAAUCAAUCUAAUCCAUAAUGUUGUCUAUAACUGUGGAUCAAAUAUUGAUCGCCUAAGUUACACAGGCUUUUAUACAUUUGUUCUGGAGAAAGGGGAUGAAAUUAUUGCUGUUGCAUCUGUCAGAAUACAUGGUACAAGGCUUGCAGAAAUGCCAUUUAUUGGGACAAGAAAUAUGUACAGGCGUCAAGGAAUGUGCCGCCAACUCCUUAACGGAAUUGAAUCAGCUCUCUAUUCUCUUAAUGUUGAAAAAUUGAUAAUACCUGCUAUAGCUGAAUUGACGGAAACCUGGAAGAAUAUUUUCGGCUUUAAACCUCUUGACCAUUCACACAGAAAGGAAGUUAGCUCCAUAAACAUGUUAGUUUUCCCUGGUACUGGUCUAUUGUAUAAACCUAUAGUGAAAAAGGGGUCCACUGAAGAACAUGCAACUUCUGAUGAAGGUGAACCGGGUGAAUCUGUAUCUGAUAGAUGUGAAAAAGUGGCAAAUAAACAUUCCGUGAUCUCUCCUGAUCAGCCUAAAUCUUGUAAUUCUGGUGAUGAGGUUCUCCUUAAACACGAGGGAGAAGGUGCAGAACUUGUUCUCCAGACAACUGAAAACACUGAAGAACUUGAUCUCCAGACGACUGAAAACACUGAAGCUACUCAUACAAUCUCAAGCACAAACUUGUCAGUUUGAGUCUUCUGCUAGUGCCACUGAUAUGGUCCUUUCUGGUUGCCACGGGUUGGGUUAAAUAUGAUCUUAUCCAACACACAUUUCACUUAAAUUCUAGUGAGCUAAGAUUGAAAUGCCUUGUAAAGGUACUAUUUAUCCUAAUCAGGAAACAAGUAAUGCUGCUUCUGCUAUUGAUCAGAUCAUUAUGGUUUUGAGGAUACUCAGGCGAAACAUUCUAAUUAUAUCAAGGAUCCGCAAUUGCUUGGGCCAACAAAUGAAUCUUCUGUUUCUUCUGCUAGGUCUGAUCUUCAUGGUAUGGAUGACGUGGUUGCCAUCCCAAAUACGAGGCAGGAGAUGGAUCAUCAUUUUGUCAAGACUUUUUUCUGUAGAUGCUCUUUCAGUAAUAGUAUAAUACAUGCUACUCAAGAUGGAUAUACAUAUUUAGAGGCUACAGGAGAAAAGAUCAAAUGUAACCUGCUUGCAGAUGAUGAUAGUUCCUGCGAUAUGAUUGUGUGGUGCAUUGCAAUUCUCUAGGUAUUUAUUGUUCUGCCAGCAAGAUUGUGAUGCUUCUAGCCUACAACUUCUAGUUUUUUCUCCCAGGAUUGCAGUUCUGAUGCUACUUAUCUGCACUGCUCUGAGUCAAUAAGUCUAUCUCAUAAUUUGUGAUAGAUAAUUGCUUCCUGGCAGCAAGUGAGCAUACUGUGGAUGCCGAUCAUGAAUGAGGAACUAGAAGCACCAUGAUUGUGGUACUAUUACGAGACAUAUGGGUCCCAUGGAAAGCAAAAUUCCUGCAUCGUUUGCUACAGCAGAUCUUUAUGUAGCUGGUGAGGGUGCAGCCAGUGACAUUUAUGACACAAUGUCAAUGCCCUAGUGUAGGUUGCACUGAAAAAAGAUCUUAUUCUUCAGGUGAAAAGUCUAAGCAUCAUCAUAUCUCGGUAAUGGUUAAUGGAGCUGUGUGUUUUAAUUCUGAAUCUAACGCCUCAUCUUGUGCAAUCAAGAGUUUUUAGAUGCCACCUGAUACUUAUAAAUGCAGACAACAUAUUUUAUCAAAGGAUUAUGUGGUUCAUGGUGACUCCACUUUUGCAUUUGCAGAAAGUGUUACAGUUCCACUUCUAAACGCAGAAAGUGUUACGGUUCCACAUACUCAUGUUUUUAUAACUAAGUCUUCUAAAGUGUAUUCUGCUGAGGAUGAUAGUGAUGAUGUUGAUCCAUCUGUUUGGAUAGUGGAACUUCUCCCGGACCGUGAACAUAGUUAUGGAAGAUAAUUUUCAGGAAACAAAGAAGUUGCUGCUGAUGUUUGUAUUCAGCUAAGAGUGUGACACUACUCUUACUGAAGAUCUUUUAGCUGGCGUGAUCCGUGCUCACGCUGGUAGCCCAGCUUCUGCAUGCUUUGCUUCUCAUGAGAUCUUCUCAUUGACUUGCUAAGUUCAUACAGGCUGAUGAUACGCUGAAUUUUUCUACAGGAUAUAUUACUUUGGAAGAUAAAAUUUGAGGAUCCUUUUUAGACGAGAUUGAAAUUCACUCAGAAGUAAGAACACAUGACAUAUAUAAACAGGCAACACUAGCAAAGAUGAGUAAAAUGCAGUCUUUUGUAGAAGUUUGCCUUUUGUUUUAGAAUGGUAGCUUGCAGCAUUUUGCUCGAGUUUCUUUCGGAUAUCUUCUUUUUCAUACAGAUGAAUCAUACAGAUACAGCUAACAGUAAUCUGACUGAGUAGAUCUUCAGCUGGCUACAGUCCAAUGAGAUUUUUUCCCUAUUAUAUUUUGACUAACAGUAUGCUAACUUUUUUGUUAAAAGUUAAGCAAUUUUGUGAUACCUCAGAAGUAAAAGAAAGCAAAAAUUUACAUUUUGUCA